UCCUCCGUCUUCUAUACAUAGCUUUGCAAGCUACAAACUGGUCUGACAAGUGAGAAGGAGUAUGAUCGGAUGGCCCUUCGUGGUGGUUUGAGUUUAAUUCUUUGAGUGAAAAAAUCGCAUCUCAAGUUUCUUCAAUUUCUGGUUUCUUUUCUUCUGGGGUUUUUAUUUGAUUUCUACUCUCUAACUUUCUCUCUGCGACUCGCUGUUUCGGUUACUUGUCGGAGACAAAGAGGGAAAAUUCCUGUUAAACUCGGUCUUACUAGAUGAGUAAGACAAUUCAGGUGUAUGGAUUCCCUUCUAUUGUGUCUGCAGAUGAAAUUAAGGAAUUUCUGGAGAAAUAUACUGGUGAAGGAACUAUUGAGGCCUUAGAGAUUAAGCAGCCUAGAAGUGGAGCAUCAAUGACGCAUGCUAAAGUCCAGUUUACAUCCUUUGAACUUGCAGAGUUUAUUAUCACAUUAUGUAAAAAAAAAGUAUGGUAUGGGCGCAAUUAUUUGAAGGCUCGAGAAAUGGAUCUUGAUAUUAUUCCAAAGCCAAGGGCCUUUUUGCAUAGUAUGGAUCGGAUAACAUUACAUUUUGGCUGUCAGAUGUCAGAUGAACGAUUUUGUGUGCUCUGGAAAGCAAUAAAUGUUUCUGUCAAAUUUGGGUCUGGAUUGAGAAAAUUUUACUUUUUUCUUUCUCAUGGCUCUGAGGAGUACAAGCUUGAGCUUUCCUAUGAGAACAUUUGGCAAAUUCAACUACAGCAUCCACGUGGUCAAAUUACAAAAUUUCUCCUAAUUCAGUUACUUGGUGCUCCACAGAUUUAUGAGAAAGAUGUACCUGUCCUCAGCUAUUAUUUUAAGGAAGCUCCUGAUGACCAGUGGGUCAGGGAAAUUGAUUUUACUCCAUCAUGCUUUAUUGGGCAAUCUUUUGCGUUAUGUUUGGAGCUUCCAUAUGGCAGUCAACUACCAAAUUUUCGUGAAAAUUUUGCUUAUUAUAAAGAAAAUGAUGGCAAAUUCAUUUUGGAGAGUGGCUCAAGUUAUUCUCACAAUUUGCAUCUAGUUCCCAUCUUGGGUCCACCUCAAGGAUCUAGCUUGCCAUUUCAAAUAUUGUUUAAGAUAAAUACUUUGGUUCAGAAUGGGUGUUUAUCAGGGCCUACUCUUGAUACCAGUUUUUUCCGGUUGGUUGAUCCAGAGAGGUUUCCUAUUUCUUUUAUAGAGCAUGCCCUUGAGAAACUGUAUCAUUUGAAAGAGUGCUGUUAUGAGCCUGUAAGGUGGCUUAGUGAGCAGUACAGAACCUACGUGAAGAAGCCAGUUGCUGGAUCUCCUGCUAUUUCCUUGGAUACUGGAUUGGUGUAUGUCCGGAGGGUUCAGAUUACCCCAUGUAAAGUAUACUUUUGUGGCCCAGAGGUUAAUGUCUCCAAUCGGGUUUUACGCAAUUAUCCUGAAGAUAUUGAUAACUUUCUCCGUGUUUCUUUUCUAGAUGAGAACUUGGAGAAAAUUCAUUCAACAGUUAUAUCUCCUCGUAUGUCAAAAGAAGGAAGGCGAACUGGAGUAUACAGAAGGAUACUAUCAAUUCUUCAAAAUGGCAUAGUUAUUGGUGAUAAGAAGUUCGAUUUUCUUGCCUUUUCAUCAAGUCAGUUGCGGGAUAAUUCUGCCUGGAUGUUUGCUUCAAGACCUGGGCUUACUGCUGCGGAAAUCAGAAGCUGGAUGGGUGAUUUUUCUCAGAUAAGAAAUGUAGCAAAAUAUGCUGCCAGACUGGGUCAGUCUUUCAGCUCGUCCAAGGAAACAUUGAAAGUUGCUAAGGAUGAAAUUGAAAAUAUUCCUGACAUUGAAAUCCAUAAGGGUCGAACAACAUAUGUCUUCUCCGAUGGAAUUGGGAAAAUAUCUCCUCAAUUGGCUCACAGAGUGGCCAUAAAAUGUGGUUGUAAAAGUUCUACUCCAUCCGCUUUCCAGAUUCGAUAUGGUGGGUACAAGGGUGUAGUUGCUGUUGAUCCAACAUCAUCUAGGAAAUUAUCAUUGAGAAAGAGCAUGUUCAAGUAUGAAUCAGAUAACACAAACCUAGAUGUUUUAGCAUGGAGCAAAUAUCAGCCUUCUUUUCUCAAUCGUCAAUUGAUCACCCUUUUAUCUACUCUCGGAGUUAAGGAUCAUGUUUUUGAAAAGAAGCAAAGAGCAGCUGUGGAUCAACUGGACACCAUCUUAAAAGAUCCAGUAGCGGCACAGGAGGCACUGGAGUUGAUGUCUCCAGGAGAGAACACUAAUGUUCUCAAAGAAAUGCUCAUGUGUGGUUAUAAGCCAGAUGCUGAACCAUUUCUUUCAAUGAUGCUGCAAACUUUCCGGGCUGCAAAGUUGCUGGAACUGCGCACUAAAACAAGAAUAUUUGUUCCAAAUGGAAGGUCUAUGAUGGGAUGUCUAGAUGAAACUAGAACCUUGGAAUAUGGUGAAGUGUUUGUACAAAUUUCUGGCACUGGAGGAAGGCAAUCCUUUGGUGAUUCCCUCAUGUUCCGUGGAAGUGGAUCACACCAUGAUAAUUUUAUUCUUGAGGGAAAGAUUGUUGUUGCUAAAAAUCCUUGUCUACACCCUGGUGAUGUGCGGGUCCUGUGGGCUGUUAAUGUGCCUACUUUGCAUCAUAUGGUGGAUUGUGUUGUUUUUCCACAAAAAGGAAAGAGACCUCACCCAAACGAAUGUUCGGGGAGUGAUUUGGAUGGAGAUAUCUACUUUGUUUGUUGGGAUCGUGAUCUAAUUCCACCUCAACAAAUCAAUCCCAUGGAUUAUACCCCAGCUCCAACUAAGGUCUUGGAUCAUGAUGUCAUGAUUGAGGAAGUUGAGGAGUAUUUCACCAACUACAUAGUGAAUGACAGCUUAGGAAUCAUUGCAAAUGCCCACACCGUCUUUGCAGAUAAGGAGUACGACAAAGCAUAUUGUGAUCCUUGCACAGAGCUCGCAAAGUUAUUUUCAAUUGCUGUUGACUUCCCAAAAACUGGCGUGCCUGCUGAAAUACCACGUAAUCUACGUGUGAAGGAAUAUCCAGAUUUCAUGGAAAAGGCUGACAAACCAACCUAUGAAUCACAAUCUGUGAUUGGAAAGCUUUUUCGAGAAGUGAAAGACAUUGCACCACACAACUGUAAUAUAAGAUCCUUCACCAGGGAUGUGGCAAGGCAGUCUUAUGACCCUGACAUGGAAGUGGUUGGUUUUGAAGACUAUGUCAGUGAUGCUUUCUAUUACAAAAGUGAGUAUGAUUAUAAGUUGGGGAACCUGAUGGAUUAUUAUGGGAUUAAAACAGAGAGUGAAAUACUCAGUGGGAGUAUCAUGAGAAUGUCAAAAUCUUUUGAUAGGAGGAAGGAUGCAGAAGCCAUUGGUUUGGCUGUAAAGUCCUUGAGAAAGGAAGCUAGGACAUGGUUCAACAAAAUGGGAAGUGAGACAGAUUCUGAAGCUGACGAUGUAUAUGCAAAAGCAUCUGCUUGGUACCAUGUUACUUAUCAUCCUGAUUAUUGGGGUUGUUACAAUGAGGGAAUGGAUCGAGAUCAUUUCCUCAGUUUUCCAUGGUGUGUUUAUGACAAACUGAUCCACACCAAGAGGAAGAAAAUGAGUGGUAGGUCUCUACAUCUGUCAUCGCUGGAACGAAGACUCAGCCAAGGGUUGCGUUUGGGUUGAGGAAUUUGCCAUGGUAUGUGUUCCUUAUAUCUUCUCCCCGCAACACGUACCCCUACACCCAUCUCUGAAGUAUUGGAGAAGAUAUUUAGUUCUUUCUUUCUAGUGAAUUAUGGCUAUAUGUUCAUAGGAACAUUCAGACAUGACUUAACCCCUGCACCCUAGUACUUUACUGGUUUGUGUUUGUCUAUAUUAUCUGAUGUAAAUUUGGUAUAUGUUUGCCUAUGUACUGAAUGCAAAUGCUGUAUUGUGAUCAUUGGAACUAGAAUAUUAAUUCCUACUGAUAAAUUUAUCUAUGCUUUUCCUUUUA